AUGCCCCAAUCCCGAUCACAAUCGUCACUUUCAACAUCAGGAGCCGACGAGGUAUCCGGAAACGACGAGGAAGUUGUAAGCUCGUCCUAUGACAGCAGUGAUCAUUCCGAUGACGAUCAGGGCACAAUGGUGGACUCAUUUUGGAACUAUCGCGAAUCGUUGAUUGACUGUACCCCAGAACAAUUUGCAUACCAGCACAACUUGAUGCUGACAGAAACAUCGAAGAACGAAGAACCGAUUGCCGUUCUCAGCGGAAAAGUGAAGUAUUCAAGCAAGCUUUCUAAUGCCAGCCUUUUCUCUGUUAAUCUCGGAAAGAUGAGAUCGAUGCGGUUGUUCUACUCAAAUUCGGAUUGCACUAGUGGUCAAUUAGUUAUCGCUAGUAAAGAUUCUCACUACAAGAUUCUCCAUUUCCACCAUGGAGGAUUGGAUAAACUGGCUCAGUUAUUCGAGCAGUGGUCUGCAGUCAAGGCCAAAAGUGUCAAGAACGGAUCUCCAUCACCUCUAAAUGAUAAGCAUCUGCUCAUUUGUCAGCCAACAUUGGGAAGAGACGAAUUGGAUCCGGAAGACGGGCUAUACGACAUGGUGACAUGGGAUUACUGGAAAAGCUACAAAAAUUGUGAUGGGGUCGUUGCCGAUAGCCCUACUAUAAGAAAGGCAUGUCACAAAACUCUCUGCAAGUCCAUCAUAAAAAAAUUACAAAAUCUCCAACUCGAGUAA